AUGAGGGGAGGCUCACAGGGUUCGCCGUCGCUGUCGCCCUCCACCCGCCGCCACGAGCCGUCGCCGUCCACCCGUCGCCAUCGACCCGUCGCCGUCGCCCUGUCGCCAUCGACCCGUCGUCGUCGCCCUAUCGCCAUCGACCCGUCACCGUCGCCCCGUCGCCACGCGUCGUCGCCCCCCGACCCCGUCGCCGUCGUCAAGGCGGGAACUAGUGGGACCCACCCCGACAGGCUGCUUUUCCUACACUUUUCCUGUGGGCUGGAGGCCUGUAGGGCUGGUCGGUACAGAGCCACAGACCGAGAGAUAGACCCCGAUAAGCCGCAAGAGACGCCGAUGCCGUCGCUGCUCCUGCUGCUUCCGCUCCUCCUCGCCGCCACCACGACCAAUGCCAAGGUCACUCCCCCGGUGCCGACGCCGUGGCCGGAGCAGUUCCACGCGGUGGUCUUCACGAACCACACCGAGAGCGGCGGGCGGCUGCAGCUGAUCGACCUCUACUACGACUGGCCGCGGGGGCGCGACCUGAACGUCUUGCGGGACCAGCUCUCGGUCGAACCGCUCUACAACGUCGAGUGGACCAACGGCACCUCCUACCUGUUCGACUCCGCGUCCUGCCGCACCAUGCGCUUCCCCGUGGGCCUCCUGCCGCCGGACUGGCUCGCCAACGGCGCCGUCUACCUCGGCCGCGAGGCCGCCGACGGGUUCGACUGCCAUGUCUGGACCAACUUCGUCUUCGUCCGGUACUACGCGGACGUCGCCACCGGCCGCCCCGUCCGCUGGAACUUCAAUGGGAUGGAGCGGCAUGUGAUGAGCUUUGAGGAAGGGGGAGUGCUGGAGGACUCCUCCAAGUGGCAGGCGCCGGCUUAUUGCUUCAAUGGCGGCAAUGCCGACACCGCCAAUGUCGCUGCAGAUGGAGUUGACGGCGAGGGCAGCAGGGCCGAUGCAAUGAACAGCCUGAUCAUGUUCGCGGGGGCUCCGGCUGCAGCUGCAUCAUUUGACCAGUGAGCUUUCUUGAUGAUUGACUGAUGAGAGGCAUUCCUAACGUAACAGUAACAGUCGCCACUGCCUCGCUGAAUUGCCAUUGCCUACCAUUCAGACAAAUCUGGGGUUAGAGCCAGGUGAAAGUUAGAGAUGCACGGUAUACAAAUCUGGAGGCAUAAUUAUCUCAAGGAGAAUGUCAUGCAUCGUAUAUAGUGUUUUAGACUUCUGCAUGCCCAAAAUAAUAUAGAUUCAUGUAAAGGGAAAAUAUGACUAUUUGUAUUUGUUGAAUAGUGAACUGUAACUCUUUUGUACCACCCCUCUUUCAACUGACCAAUGAACCUAAUGUUUGAGCUA